AUGUCUGAUCGUCGUGCCAAACUCUUGGCUUUAGCCAACAAACGUAAACAUGUGAGUGACGACUCAAGUAGUGAUGAAGAUAAAUUGUCAAGCAAAAAAUCCAAACGUAAUACGAAGCCCAAAAAAUACACAGCUGUCAAGGAUAGUGACGAUGACGACGACGAUGACGACGACGACAAUGACGACGAUGAAGAAGUCGAUAGUGACUUGGAAGAAGACUUAUCUGAAGAGGAAAUUAAGCCAAAAAAGAAAUCAUCAAAGCCUGUAAGAAAAGUAGCUAAAGAGAAGCGAGCUAAAAGUGAUGAUGAAGGAUCCGAUGAAGGCAAGGGUAUCUCUGAGGAUGAAUUGGAAUUGUUGGAUACAAAGUUGAUUAUUCCAGGUGGCAGAAGAACACGUGGAAAGAAGAUUGAUUAUAAACAAUUCGGUGCUGACCCUGAGGACGAAGAAUAG